GGGUCACCUACAGUGAAUGACGGAUCUUCCUUUGAAACCUCACUUCCGGUGAAAGCCGUUCAGUCUUCUCCAUCUCUCGCUCUCUUUCCCUCACACACACUCACAGCGGCGGGUGCAGAGUCAUAUAGGCUACGCUCAGGUGGAGCAACGACUGGUAUAAACUCAUGGUAUUUUGAGUUCUAGUAUUCAUAACUUGAAGCCAGCGGCCAAACAAUGUCAGAUAUAAGAAAAUGGUUCAUGAAGCAACAUGAUAAGGGCACUGGGAAUGGAAAUGCAUCAAAGCCUGCAAAGCCCUCUGGAGCUGAGAAGCCUGCUGUCAUUUCUCAGCCUGAAAAAUCGGUACAAGAACCCCAAGAAAGUUCUGGCAGAAGGAAAACCAGCAAAUAUUUUUCUAAAGAUAAACACGUGAAAGAUGAGCUGGAAGUUGAGGAGGUUUCAGCAAAAAGAAAGGCCCGAAGGGGUAGGGCGGAGUUAGACAGUGAUGUUAAACCCCCACCUGGAAAAAAGGUUCACAAAGUCGAGGAUGAAGAUGAUGAUGAAGAUUUUGUCACGCCUUCUAGGAGGGAAUCAGUUGAUGCCACCCGGGGCAAGAAAUUGAAAAGUGGGGUGGGUAAGGGAGUUGCUCAAAACCUUAUUGAUGAAAGUGAUGAAGAUGAUGCUGGUAAAGCAAAAUCUAAUCUCAAAACCGCUGGUAGGGGCCCUGGAGGGAAAAAUGCUUCAGCUACUUUAACUACUACUACAGACAUGGAUGUUGAUGGAAGUGAUAAAGAGGAUGUCGAUGAUAAAGAUGCUAAAUCGACCAAAUCUGGUGGACGAGGCCGUGGUGGAAGAGGCACAUCAGCAGGUGGAAGAGGCGGAGGUGGUGGACGGGGCGGAUUUAUGAAUUUUGGAGAAAGGAAAGAUCCUCCUCACAAAGGAGAAAAGGAAGUCCCUGAAGGUGCUUCUGACUGUUUAGCUGGUUUGACUUUUGUGAUUAGUGGAACACUUGACAGUUUGGAAAGAGAAGAAGCGGAGGACUUGAUUAAACGCUAUGGUGGUCGUGUUACUGGAUCUGUCAGCAAAAAGACGAAUUAUCUCCUAUGUGAUGAAGAUAUUGGUGGACGGAAAUCUGCUAAGGCUAAAGAACUUGGCACUAAAUUUCUUACGGAGGACGGUUUAUUUGAUAUGAUUCGCACAUCAAAUAAAUCGAAAACAAGCAUACAAGAAUCGAAGAAGCCACUGGAUAAGGUUGCUCCAUCUCCUCCAAAGAAGAGUCCUCAAGUGCCGGAAACAAAGAAACAAGUUGGUAAACAUGUUGUAACAAGCGUAGCUGUGAAAGGAUUGUCUCCAGCUGCCUCCCUGCCCAAGCGAAAAGAUCAACCUACAGCUCAGUCUGGGUUGCCAUGGACCGAAAAACAUAGACCAAAGGUUCCAACUGAUAUUGUUGGGAAUCAGUCAGUGGUGAAGCAGCUUCAUGAUUGGCUGUCAGACUGGAAUAAAAAGUUCCUCAAUACUGAUCAAAAAGGAAAGGGGAAGAAACAGAAUGAUUCAGGUGCUAAAAAAGCUGUACUACUCAGUGGUAACCCUGGCAUAGGGAAGACUACAUCAGCUAAAUUGGUUAGUCAGAUGCUUGGUUUCCGGACAAUUGAGGUCAAUGCUAGUGACAGUCGUGGAAAGGCUGAUGCUAAAAUUGAAAAAGGAAUUGGUGGAAGCACUUCUAACUCUAUAAAAGAGCUUGUCAGUAAUGAAGCCCUGAGUCUUAACAUGGAACGCUCUCAACGCCCAAAGACAGUGCUUAUUAUGGACGAGGUUGAUGGUAUGUCUGCAGGAGAUAGAGGUGGAGUGGCUGAUCUUAUUGCCAGCAUUAAGAUCUCCAAAAUUCCUAUUAUCUGCAUAUGUAAUGAUCGCUACAGUCAGAAACUAAAGAGUCUAGUGAACUACUGCCUUCUUCUAAACUUCCGGAAACCAACAAAGCAGCAGAUGGGGAAAAGGUUAUCACAGAUAGCCAAGCAAGAAGGACUUCAAGUUAAUGAGAUUGCUCUUGAGGAACUGGCAGAGAGAGUUAAUGGAGACAUGCGUAUGGCCCUGAACCAACUGCAGUAUAUGAGUCUCUCUAUGUCUGUCAUCAAAUUUGAUGACAUUAAACAACGCCUUCAAAGCAGUUCAAAGGAUGAAGAUAUAUCACCCUUUACGGCUGUUGAUAAGCUGUUUAAUUUCAAUGCUGGAAAGUUGAGAAUGGAUGAGAGAAUUGACCUUAGCAUGAGUGAUCCGGAUCUUGUCCCACUCAUUAUUCAGGAGAACUAUAUCAAUUAUAGGCCAAGUUCAACUGGGAAAGAUGACAAUGGAAUGAAAAGGAUGAGCUUGCUCGCCCGUGCUGCAGAGUCUAUUGGAGAUGGUGAUAUUAUUAAUGUCCAGAUUAGAAGAUAUCGACAGUGGCAACUCUCUCAAAUUGGCUCUCUUGCAUCUUCUAUAGUUCCUGCGGCUCUAUUACGUGGGCAACGGGAAAUACUUGAGCAGGGAGAAAACAAUUACAAUAGAUUUGGUGGGUGGCUGGGAAAGAACUCUACACUGGGGAAGAAUUACAGACUUCUUGAGGACCUGCAUGUUCAUCUUCUUGGAUCUCAUGAAUCUAAUUUGGGAAGGAUGACAUUGCGACUUGAUUAUCUUACUCUUAUGUUGAAGCAGUUGACCAAUCCCUUAAGGGUGCUACCUAAGGAUGAAGCUGUUGAAAAGGUUGUUGAGUUUAUGGAUUUUUACUCCAUUAGCAUGGAGGACUUUGAUACAAUUGUUGAGAUAUCAAAAUUUAAGGGGCACCCGAAUCCAUUGGAUGGCAUACAGCCUGCAGUAAAAGCUGCAUUGACAAGAGCAUACAAUAAAGGCAGCUCAUCACGUGUGAUUCGGACUGCAGAUCUCAUCAAACUUCCUGGAAUAAAAAAGGCCCCUAAAAAGCGGGUUGCAGCAAUGCUCGAACCCGUAACUGAUCCUUCGGCGGAAGAAAAUGGUGAAGAAUUUGCUGUAAAUGAAGAAGAAAACCUUUCUGACACGGAAGAACUGGAAGACUCAGCUGACGCAGAGAAGCAGCUGCAAACAGAUCUAGAGAGCCUUACUUCAAAGGGCAUCCAAGUACAGGUGGACUUGAAGGGUUCAGGAAGCUCAAGUGCCAAAAAAGCACCUGCAGGCAGAGGGAAGGGCAGUUCUCAAGCGACAGAAAAGAAAGGGGGUCGUGGUUCUGGAUCAGCUUCAAGGAAGAGGAAAUGAAAAUUGCUCGAACUCUGAAAUAUCCGUACAUAACCCGUGCAAGUGGCCUCAUCUUCUUCCCUCCUUUUUUGGGUUGUUAUUCUGAGGGUGAAGGAUGUUGCGGCUAUUAUGUGGAGGAAAUAUUUUGGUGUUUACCAUAGAUUGUGAUAUAUUUUUCUGAAUGAGCGAGGAUGUAUUAUGGUUAAAGCUUGUUGCAUUUCCUUACCAUUUGCGCAUUAUAAACCUUCAGUUCACAAUGAUAGUUCAAAGUGUAAAUUGGCUAAACAAAAUGGAAGAUUAGAAAGCACCAUUUUGGUCAA